AUGGCGACCCCGGCCCUGGGGCUGCUUUUGGCGCUCGGCCUGGCGCUGCUGCCCGCCCGACGGGGCCGAGCCUGGGGGCAAACCUCUUCCUCUUCCACAGACACUUCUCCCACAAAUGACACCAGCAGCCCUGCCCCCACUGUCCCCAGCCCCAGUGGAGGCCUGUCUCAAGAGGCCACCACUGCCAUCAUCGUGGUCUUCUCUCUCCUGGGUGCCCUGCUUCUGGUUGUGGCGCUUGUCUUGCUGGUUCGGAAACUCCGAGAGAAGAGACAGACGGAGGGCACCUAUCGGCCCAGCAGCGAAGAGCAGUUCUCCCACGCAGCGGAGGCCGGGGCCCCACAGAACUCCAAGGAGCCGAUGCGGGGCUGUCUGCCCAUCUAGGGCCCUUCCCUCCUUCAUCCCCAGCUACCCUUCCUUGCUGUGUGAUCUUGGGGAAACCAAGCACCCUCCCUGACUCACCCAGUACUUAAGAAUAGGAAGGAAGAUGGUGCUUCAAUGACUCUGCCUUUGAGGGCAAGGAAAGGGGUGGCUGCUCACUUUUUAUAUAUUUAUAUGAAAUUGGUAGUGAGACAUAAUAAAGUUCUUUCUUUUUGA